AGUACUUAAGAUUGGGCAUAUAUCAACAUACCACUAUUUUAUGGAGUACUGUCAAAUUACAGUCAGUGUUCAGAUGAGUGUUCAACCAAAAUAUAACGUUAGAUGCACCCAACAAUGGAUCUAGUCUAAUAUUUGCUGGAUUUUGAUAGGCCGAUGUAUAUUGUUGUCACUCCCAGGAGAGGAAGAACUGUGAACAGUUUACAUCAGAACUUAUUUGGUGGAGUCAACCAAGAGUUUCCUGCAUGUAGCAGCCCAAGAACAAAGCAAGAAAAACAUCAGAAGUUCAGAGCAGAUGUGAAAACACGAUGGAUGUAGAGAUCAAGAAAGGAAAGAAGGGAUUUGUGUCUCCAAUUAAGAGGCUGGUAUUUCCUAAAGCUGACAAGAACAGGAGACAGCAGGACAGAAGCAGUGUAUACAGGAGACCUCUCCAUUCGAUCCCACUCUUCCCUCCGGAUUACCUGAUAGACCCUGAGAUCCUGCUGCACGAUUAUCUUGAGAAAGAAGUCAAAUUUUUAGGUCACUUGACAUGGGUUUCAUGUUCUUUAAAUCCAGCAAGUAGAGCAGAGGUGCUACAGCUUUUGGAUACAGCAAGGCAACAGAAGCAACUACCUUUGCAAACAACUGCAGAGCAGGACACCAUUCUGAGUUUGUCUGCACGCUGCCUCCUCUUGACCUGGAGGGACAAUGAAGAGUUGAUCCUGAGAAUUCCAACCCAUGAGAUUGCUGCUGUAUCCUAUGUCAGGGAUGAUGCUAUACACCUACUCAUUCUGAAAACAGGGCUUGGAGUGGCUGCUGUAGCUGCUGGUGGCAGUUUGGAACGUAGACAAACAACAGGAAGCUUGCCUGAUCCCCAGGAAACCGUGCCCAAUUCGGAAACACACUGCAACCUGGUGAUACUUGCAGUGGACAGCAGAGACUCAGCCGAAGAAUACUGUGCUCUCAUCUGUCAGGUUUUUCGUAUCAUUUAUGGAGAUCAGACAAUUGACUGUGUGGAUCGAACAGGACUCCAUUAUACUUCCACACCAGACAGACGUUGGUUAAUGGAGAGAAGUGAUAGCAACCAAAGUGCUCAGACUUACGGCUAUGAAGCAGAUUUUAGCUGCUGCAGCUCUUUUGAUGGAUCACAGGACAUAUAUGAACCUUACUGCAAUGGUAGCUCUUCCCCUUCAUUCAGAGAAUCACAAUUCAGCCAAGGCACAGCUGGAAGUGAGAGUGACCACAGUAGUACUGGAGAUGAUCUGCUACAGGAUUAUAUGACAACUCUGAGAACAAAGUUGACAGCACAAGAAAUCCAGCACUUUGCUCUACUGCUCCAUGAGUAUCGAACUGGUACAUCGAUUGAAGAUUAUUGUACAGAUCUUCUUCACCUUUAUGGAGAAAAACGGAAGUUCCUUCUGUUAGGGAUGCGGGCCUUCAUACCCGAUAAAGACACAAGCUACUUUGAGAGUUUCUUAGAAACCAUUGGAAUUAGAGAUGGAAGAGGGAUAUUGACAGACAGCUUUGGGAGAAUCAAGAGGAGCAUGAGUAAUACAUCAGCAUCUGCUGUCAGAAGUUAUGACAGCUGGUCUGUGCCUUCAGAAGCAGAACCCUUCGAAAGAACAAUUCCAAACAUUACACAUGACAUCGAAGUUUUAGGAUGUUCUGCAGAAGAUGAUUUACUGUGAACAAUGUAAGGACCACCUACCACUUUGUUUAGUUAUUAAUUACUUCAGCUCAACAAAAUGUGAAGUCUGUAUAAUGUUCAUUUUUGCUUCCUGCUCCUGAAAUUUGAAGUGUGUUAAAUUGUUUUCUCAGUGUUUAAUACUUUGAGACAAAUACAGCUAAAUUUCACUGAAUGACAUUAUUUUAAAUUUCUUUCUCUAGAAAUUGAGUCAAGCCAAUGACUUAUUUUCUUCAAAUGUGUCAAUGGCUGGAAUUAUCCACUAUUUAAACAUUUCAAGUGUUGGGAUCAUUUUUGGAUCUCAGCCAUACUGCUGACUGUAUCCCACUACCGCACAACCUUCCAAGGGGCAACCAACUAACAAGUGAUUGUUGCAUUUACUAUCCAAUUAGGAGUAGUGGGAUAACUACAGCAGGAAAGCAAGUAGUGGUGCCCAUGGCAAAAUGAAGAUGGCAGCCUUACUGUGAAAGCUGUGUUCUGCAUGGACCAGAAAGGAUCAGUAUAAGUUUGGUAGUGCAAUUAUCACUAGAUGAGCAACAGUGUAUUCCUCUAGCCUAGAACUGCCUGGAGAAUCAAUCUACAAACGGGGCAAAUUCACUUUCAAGCUUUUGCUGAUGGAAAAACUAAGAAUUUCUAUUUGGCACCCUGAAAACUAAAAUUUCUCGCUGAUCUGAGCACCCUAACCUUCUUCUCUGCUUUCACCUCCUCUUUAAGCAUUGCUAUAAUGAAGUUAACAUGGGCUCAUUACAGAUCAUCUAUUGUUUUGAAGUACUUUUUGCUGCAUAUUGUAAUAAUACUGUCAGUAUAAUAGUAUAACUGAUCCAGUACCACAGAGCACAGAACAGUAUAUGUUGAAAAUUAUUUUAUCACCUUCUGUACAUUUCCUCUGCUUUAGCGUCACUUUAUUUCUCUGCGGCAGUUGACUUUCUUUUAUUUCCCUCAUCUGGCCCUUUGUUUCCUUUACAGCAUCUUUAUCUCUGUUUGUGAUAAGCCCAUUUGCCUCUCUUACAUUGGUCUCUCUCCUUGCUUCUGUCUCCUUUAUCCUCUGUCUGCCUCCCAAUGCCUAGGUGUGGUUCUCACAUAUGUCCCAUAUACUUUUCUAAUAUCAUCCAAUGAUGUGAUUCACUUCCACAUUUGUUGGCACUUUAUUUCAUUCACAACCAAAGAGGGCUGACAACUACUAUCAGACUAUUUAUCGGCAGAGUUAAACUCAAUUGUAUUCUUACUGAGUAUGCCUUGUCACAUGCACUUUGCAGCAGAGGUAUGAACUGGACUGAAAUUUUCCUUCAGUGGUCCCGGGUGCUGAACAUUUCACUUCUAUUGGAGCACCAACAGGGAUUAACCAAAUCAGUAGAAAUUGGGGUCCUGUCGAAGGACUUGAUCAUCUAUAUGGUUCAAUACCAUGCCAAAUAUAAGCAUUUUAAGCCUUUGUAAUCUACCAAGUGAAACUUAAAUUUUAAAACAGUUAGUUAAUAUUUCUGAAUGUUAAGAAAAUAUAGCGAAUUUUAAAAAUGGGGUAUUCUUCAUUUUAAAACUUUACAGGAAAUAUUUCUAGACGUAUGGUUAGAGGAUAUUCAUGUGCAAUCUGACUAACUUGUACAUCUUUGAACUGUGGGAGGAAACCAGAGCACCUGAAGGAAAUCCAUGCAAACAUGAAAGAAUGUGCAAACUCCACACAGACAGUCACCUGAGGGUGGAAUUGAACCCAAGUCCCCGAUGCAGUGAGGCAGCAGUGCUAACCACUGUGCCACACUAAUGUUUCCCUAAUUUUUAGGAAGGGUCCCUCACGUUGGGAUUUUUUUAGGCUCCCAACCCUGCACAAUACUGAUGUGGCAGACAGAUCAUGAAUUUUGAAUGAAAGACACUUAAUGGCCGGAGUGUGCACACAUUAUCCAACUCAAUUCACCAUCCAAUGGGUACAGAAACCUGGUGGGCCACUUGUAGACCAUCAAACUGAGGGAGCUGCAGCCUUCUGAUUUUAGUAGGUGGGGAAUGGAGGUGGUGCAAGUUUGCUAUUGGUGCACCUCAAGAUGGAAGUACUCUGCACUCUUUACAUGCCAUUGGGAAGGAAAUGGCCACAACUAUCUGACCCCCAUCAUGAAGAUGCUAACAGCUGUGGCUCUGCAGCUAUUCUACUGGGAAGCCACCUCAGGGUGUCUCUUGUGCUUUGGACUCUGCAGGAGUCCUACAGGGAGACUAAAAAGGUGCCAGUCUACAGCUGUUCAUUGACCUUACAGACUUUUAAACAUAUUCACAAACCAACCAUGGCUUGUGCGCAGUAAGCUAUCACGCCAAAAUGACCUGCCUCAUUAAAAAUGACCUGGAGGUAGGAACAUGCCAACAAACUGUGGGUAAUUCCUGACCCUCCGACCUCUGUUCACGCUUCUGUCAAGUUUUCCAUGAAAGCAGUUCACCAAUGAGUCCUCCUUUUUUUAAGACCUUGCACAGUUGAGUAGAACAACAGAAUUAUUAGAUGAGGGUUUGAAACUGUCAUCAAUCAAUUAUGAUGAUUUAAAUAGCUAAGAGGUGAUUGUUGAUUUAACAUGAUAUUUAAAAUGUUCUUAAUGACAUGUUUGUGUAAGUGAAAUCAUUUUUGAUUUAAAACUAAGCCUACCACUGUUCCCAUUUCAUUUGGUCUGCUCUAUUUUAUGUUUAUGGCUUAUUUGGCUGGAGAGAUAGUUUUAAAAAUGUUUAUGAAAGUAUCUACAUGGUAAAUAUUUGUAAAUCUGGUCAAGCUCCACCAUUAAUCAAUUGUCUUGACAUGUGCCACUACUGUAAGAACUUUACUACUGUUAGUGAUAACUUCGA